GGCUUGGCAAAUUGGAGAAAGGCCCAACCCUUGAGGAAGGAACAGGUCCUCAUGCUCUGCUUUCUCAGUCUCGUGCUGCACUUGAGAAGAGAGGGCACCAUCCCAAAACAGCCACCACUCAUCUCCGCCGUCUGCUUUGCCUGGGUAGGCUCCUGUGCUGCUGCUUGGUCCAUCGCCACCCACGGAGACAACACCUCGUCCCGCUUCUUCUCUGUGCCGCAUCUACGCUCCCGGUCCCAUGGAAAAACCGCCACCGUGAGUGGUGGUGGCUUGGCCACGAUUGAGAGAGAACAACGGAACAGAACGCCUCUUCUAACCUUCGCCGCUUCGUCAACUCGGGUCGGCGCGAGCUUUCCCUUCGCGGAGGCGCCGCUUGCUACCACCGCGUCGUUCGUCUUCCGCGGUCUUGGUUCUGGUGCGGGCUUUCUUGUAGCUGCUCCGCCUCUGACCACCGCGUCCGUAAACCUGCAAGGCGGCUUUGGUGUCGGUUCCCGAUCCAAUAGAUCUGUGUCAUCCACCUUCCCCGGCGCCACUGUUGGCCUUGCUGAGCCUGCCGCCACUGCUCCGAGUGGUUCUGCCGUCGUGGAUGUUGUCGUCCUCCUCAACUGGUUCUGUUCUCCACCCCGUACGACCGCCAGCGUUCAGAGCUUCCUCCUCGCCGCGCCUCCCUCCGUCUCUUGGGUGGUUGUUGCUGCUCGUUCCUCGUCAUCGGUGGUUGUUGCUGCCUGCGCGCUGCCUUGCGUCUCUGCUUGUUGGAAGACCACCGAAGUACGACCGGAUUAGCCAGUUCAACUAGUAACCCACCGGUUGAACUAGUGACCAGUAGUGUGACUGGUUCGGUUCUGACAACUAUGAUCACAUCCUUGGAAAUAACUUACCUAUAAGCUUACUCCGCUCUAGAUUGCAUGGGUUUUAAGGUGAAAAACAAUUUCUUCAUCCAAGGACUCAUAAUCCUCCUUUAUGGGUUGCAAUUCCCUCAUGUUGACUUUCCUUCCAAGGCAUAGCUGUGUUCCUUUGUUGUAUUCUUUACCCAAAUUCACCAACCAUGUGAAGGAACUUCAUGCCCAGUUAAUCACCAAUGGCAUCAAAUCUCCUUCCUUAUUGGCCAAGUUAAUUGAACAUUAUUGCGAAUCGCCAUUCAAACAUGUUGCUAAUAAUGCACAUUUAGUGUUCCGGCAUUUUGACAAGCCAGACUUGUUUCUCUUCAAUACUUUGAUUAGAUGUGUUCAACCCGAGGAGUCCAUUACUACUUUCCAAAAUGAGUUUUCAAGGGGAGCCAUGGUUUUCAAUGAUUAUACUUACAAUUUUGUUCUUGGAGCCUGCGCUCGCUCUCCCUUGGUUUCAUCAUUAUGGUUAGGUAGACAAUUACAUGCCCUUAUAGUAAAACAUGGGAUUGAAUCAGAUAUUUUGGUUCAGACUACAAAGAUACAUUUUUAUGCUAGCCACAAAGAUAUUAAAUCUGCCAGAAGGAUGUUCGAUGAAAUGCCAGAAAGAAGUGUUGUCACUUGGAAUGCUAUGAUAACAGGUUAUUGUUCCAUGAAAGAAGGAAAUGAGGAUCAUGCUGCUGCUGCGUUGUCUUUAUUUUGCAACAUGGUGGUGGAUCCUAGUGGUGUUAAGCCAACAGAUACUACCAUAGUUUGUGUUCUUUCAGCAGCUUCUCAAAUGGGAAUUAUAGACAUUGGGGCCUGCAUACAUGGCUUUGUAGGAAAAACAGGGUAUAGUCCUGAAUAUGAUGUGUUUAUAGGAACUGGUAUGGUGGAUAUGUAUGCGAAAUGCGGAUGUCUGAACAGUGCCUUAUCCGUCUUCUGGCAAAUGAAUGUGAAGAAUGUAUUGACUUGGACAGCGAUGACUACUGGCCUAGCCAUACAUGGGAAAGGAAGACAAGCCUUGGAGAUUUUCUAUAAAAUGGGAGCUUAUGGUGUUAAGCCGAAUGAAGCAACUUUUGCAAGUUUGUUUUCAGCUUGUUGUCAUGCUAGGCUUGUAGAAGAAGGCCUUCAAUUGUUCCACGAUAUGAAGAGAGUGUUCGGAGUGACACCUCGGAUACAACACUAUGGUUGCAUUGUUGACCUUCUUGGACGAGCCGGACAGUUAACAGAAGCUUAUGAUUUUGCCUUGGGGAUGCCAAUUAGUCCUGAUUCUGUUAUUUGGAGGAGUUUGCUUGCAGCUUGCAAGAUUCAUGGGGACAUUGUGAUGGGAGAGAAGGUGGGUAAGUUUCUUCUGCAGUUAAAAGAGGAGACUUGUCCAAAUGUGACUUCGACAAGCGAGGAUUAUGUCGCUCUUUCAAACGUUUAUGCUUCAGCCGAAAGGUGGAAUGAUGUUGAGACCAUAAGGAAAGGCAUGAAAGCCAGGAGUGUUUGGAACAGAAGUGGUUCUAGCUCUGUUCAAACCGUUAACAUGGCUACCUUGUAAUAUAACAUUGAUACAACAACGUUGUUAGUAACAAUGAGAACUUUUUGGUCAACCAAUAUGGAGUAGUUGGCAUUAACCUAGAAUGAAGAUAAAGAAAAGAGGAACUCUUUCAAUGUCUUUAACGAUUAGUUUUGGUUCAUGGUUCUACUUGUAAAGAGUACGAUCAUUAGUAACAUUUUCUUACGUUUUAUUGGUUAAGUAUUACUAUC